CAACAUUUCUAUUUUAACAACAAAUAAUCUGUAAAAUGGGCCGUUGCACAUCCAAAUAUCAAAAAGACCAGAAGAAACAAACAAGAAAAAUAGAUGAACAGUUAAGGAAGGAGGUAGAUGUUUUUAGAGAAAAGAAAAAAAUUUUAAGCUUCUUUCACGCGUUCUUGUCUUUUAAUUCUUUAAAUUUAUAUUUUCUAGAUUUUAGUGAAUUAAAGGAUUAA